GCCCAGUCGUCGGCUUGUUGCAUACGGCGACCUGCGUCGACCUGAGAAAAUAAGGUGGUGGAGGUGGUGGAUGUUUUGGCUGAAAACGUACUUAGGAAAUGUCCAGUCACGGCCAUGCUUCGUGCUUCUGCUCGAGCGAGUGACCUUUGCUCGAUGAAUUCGACGUUCUGCUGAAUAGGAAUGGUAGAAGCGAGACCGUUAGCGGUCACUGUUCUUUCUUGACACCGUUGAACCCCAGAUUCCCAGCUGGAGCCGCUUGUCCGUCCGACCAUGGCUAUCGGGAAGAGGAGACCGCUGCAUCCGACCACGGGCAGCAUAGGAACCCCAGGAGGUAGCUUCCGAUCCAGCCACAUGAACUUCAGACCGAGCUCUACACAAGAAGACAAGGGUGGCACGAGGCCCACGGCGGCCCCCAGCUCCAUCGGACUCAUCCUCCUGACGAUGGUGCUCCACGUGUGCAAGAAGUCGCUGCUCUUCGACACGAGGCUCAAGGUGGCCAUCUACUGCGGAGCCAUAUUCGUGGUGUCGCUGAUAACAGACACGAUCACGAUGCCAAGGACAUACUUCGCAAGAUCAGACAACGCCCUGAACCAGUACUUCGUAAAGUGGGGUUGGGGAUGGUUAUUGAUGGUGACGAUACCCUGGAUAGUCCUGACAGCCCACACGGUAGGAUGUGGCCAGCGAAGGAUCCUCUUCAAGCACCUGGGACGUCUCUUGCUGGCAACGGCAGCCUGGCUAAUGUGGAUUAAACUGUUCAACUACAUAGAGACCAACUAUGGCAAGUGUGUGAACACAAAGGACUCGCAGUUACAAUCGAAGACCAAGUGCCUGCAAGCCGGGAAGUUCUGGAACGGUCUGGACAUAUCGGGCCACUCCUUCAUCCUGAUAUACUCGAGCUUGAUCCUGGCGGAGGAAGGCUCCACCCUAAUCGGUUGGGAAGGAAUAAGAGAGCUGGUGACGCAGGAGGAACACUCUAGAGUAACGUCUGGGAAAGGCAGCUCCGGUCCCCUGCGUAACCUCUCAAAUACUGACCUGGACUUCGUUAAGAAGGCCCAUGGUGCCCUCACUCCCUACCUCAGGGCUCUCUUCAUCGUCAUGACCUUGCAACAGCUCCUGUGGGACGUCAUGUUAGUGACCACGCUGUUAUAUUACCAUAUUAUGAUCGAAAAGUUCAUCGGUGGGAUCACUGCGGUGCUUACGUGGUAUGUUACGUAUCGAUGGUGGUUUAGGAAUUCGAAACUGGGGUUGCUCGGUCCUGGGGAAGGCCUCUUCAAGUAUAACGAAGUGAAGUGCAGUACCGAUAAUGGUACUGGCAGGGUUAGACGUAAUACUAUUAAUGGGGUCGGUCCCAGGUUCAUGGGCAUGCCAAUUAGAACAAACCUGGACGUUCCCGAAGUCUCUUCGACGAGUAGGCAGCAACCUGAACAGGAGAUUUCGGCUUCCCGCAUUUAAAGUAAGGUUAUAUGCAGGUGCCUUACUGGUGACGGUACUACAAGACAUGUAUGUAGAUAGUUAGACGUCAAGUGGGCUCUCCUCGAUGCGAUUCGUGUGCAGUUCUUGUGUGGGACCUGUGGACUCUGUACAUUCUGCCGACUGUUGUGUCCUUUAACUGUUAAGCUACAUCGGAGUGAUUAAUAUAUAAAAUACAAGGUGUUUGUUAUAUAGAUAUAUAGAUAUAUUUAGUAAGAUAACCUCGUGGGUGAAUGUAACCUAUAUUUAUUGAAACAUGACAUAACCGCGAAUUCGUUUCGCGGAAUAGAAGGGAACGAAAUGGAGACUUUGAAUCUAGACCCCUUAACUACGUUAUGUGGUAUUGUUUGGUUUCAAUGACACAAAUGUACAUAAACGUAGCAUCCAAUACCUGCACAUCCCGUUACUCUAAAUGUAUUAUACACACGGUACCUUUUAUACAAAUUAGUUUUCAUAAGUUUGCCAUGGGAAAAUUAAAUAGUUCAAUUUAUUAAA